AUGGCCCUUGUGCCAGGGAGCAGUGAGGAUGGGCCUUGGCCUAGAGAGAGCUCAGGCUCCUCCCAGCACCCAGAAAGUCCUCAGCUGACCAGCCCUCUGUGGAUGGACGGAGGAGAAAUUGUCAGGGUUGAAGGCCACCAGGAUGUUCAGGCUGUCUCUCAAAAGACCCACCUGCCCUCCAUUGUGGUGGAAGCCUCUGAGGUGAGUGAAGACAGCGGGGAGCUUGGUUGGCCACAUGAGGAGCUGCUGCUGCUCACCGAUGAGGAAGAGGAGGCUGAGGUCUUCUUCCAGGACCAAAGUGAAGAGCCAGGCUGGACUUGGAGCCCACUGGACCCCAGAUCUCCCUUAAGAACCUUUAACCCAGAACUCAGCUGGGGGCAGGAACAGGGAGAACAAGAGGUCUCCUGGAUUCCUGAUACAGAGUAUCAGGAAGCCUCCAACCCCUGUCCUCUCUGGAACCCAGCAGCCAGCUCCCGGGUUUGUAGAAGCUACUUUGUGGAAUAUUCACAUCUCCUGCCUCCCAGGAGCUUUGAGGGAGCUGAAGAAGAAGCUGUUCAAGCGACGGCGGGUGUUGAGCCGGGAGAGGCGACUGAAGCACCGGGUGAUCGGGGCUGUGAUAGACGAAGGGCUGAUCACGCGGCACCACCUGAAGAAGCGGGCGUCCAGUGCACGUGCCAACAUUACUCUCUCUGGGAAGAAGCGCAGAAAGCUCCUCCAGCAGAUCCGGCUGGCCCAGAAGGAGAAAGCAGCCAUGGAAGUGGAAGCCCCCACAAGGCCAGUCAGGACUAGUGAACCACGGUCGAAGCGGCAAAAGAAGACAAAAGCCCCCCAGGAUGUAGCCAUGGAGGACCUUGAAGAUGAUAACUGAAUCUCUCACCCCUUCCACCAGAAGAUUCUCAGCUGGAGCCAGAAGGACUCUGGUUGUUUCAGAGGACUUUGGAGAAAGCAUUGCCCCUUUUCAUUCUCCUCAGACUUCUCUUCCUUGAUGGCCUAGUGACCUGCCCCAGAGGGAUGUGUUGAGAGGAAGAGGGUGGAGAAGAAAGACUGGAGAAUGGGGCGCCCUCGCAGUCAGCUCCACUUUUAAUAAAGCCCUAGAGUUCUC